AUGGUCAAAACCAUACGUUUCGCCGACCAGGAGGUUCCGGUCCCCGGGUUUGGAGCCAUGGGCAUCAGCUUCGCUUUUGGAAAGAAUUUGUCGUAUGAGGAAGCCGAACCGAUUCUACUCAAGGCUUUGGAGCUGGGAUGUACGUUUUGGGAUACUGCUGUGUCAUACAGAGCCGGCGUCAACGAGAAAAUCCUGGGGGACUUCAUUAGGAAACAUAACGUUCGAGACAAAAUCUUCCUCGCAUCCAAAUGCGGCGUUGCCGUCUUCGAAGAUGGUGCAGUAACAAACUCGGCCUCGCAUAUCAAGACCUAUAUGGAGGGAACCAUAGAGAGACUAGGGUUCACUCCUGACCUCUACUACCUUCACCGAAUUGAUCCCAAAACUCCUCUCGAGGAAUCCAUUCCAGCAUUGGACUCACUCCGAAAAGAAGGCAAGACAAAAUACAUUGGGCUUUCGGAAUGCUCGGCACAGACGCUUCGGAAAGCAAACUCAAUUGCUAGGAUCCACGCUGUUCAAGCGGAAUAUUCUCCAUUUGAGACACUCCACGAGUCUGAUGGUCUUAUCAAUACCGCUCGCGAGCUCGACAUCUCAUUUAUAGCGUACGGACCUUUGGGACACGGCUGGCUUGUGGACCACUUCCCCUUUGAGUCCCCAGAUGAUUUUGCCCCUGAUGACUAUCGUCGUACCAUACCAAAGUUCCAGGGCGAGAACUUCUAUGUCAACAAGAGAAUUUCCGAGGGCUUCAAGAAAAUUGCGCAGCGCAAGAACUGCACCAUGGCUCAAGCUGCAUUGGCCUGGAUUGCAGCUCAGGGCAUAAUCGCUCUACCAGGCACAACGAGACCAGAGCGCCUCGUGGAGAAUUGGAUUUCACGAGAUAUCGAGCUAACAGACGAAGAUUUGAGGGCAAUGCGGGCACUUGUUGAGUCUCUGAAGCCACAAGGUGAUAGAUACAGUGAGGUCGCAGCGAGAGAUAUCGGAAACUGA